AUGGAGGUUGCCAUGGCCGCCAGCGCAGAAGUUGGCCGAGUCGGCCGCCGCAUCUUCCAAAGGUUUUGGGACCCGGAGCCAAUCAACAACCCAGACUCGAAUGAGCCGGUCUGGUGCUUGGGACGCUCAUAUACUCUCGGUGCGAAGGCGUUCGGAUCGCCAUCACCGUUUACCGCCAGCACUCCGCCCGUCGACAACAACGUCGACAACGCCGCCUUCAUCCCAACCUCGGUCCCGGUCCGGGCGACAACUGCCAGCAACCACCCACCCCUCGAGACACCGCCAGAUUCUAUCACAAGCAGCUUCGAUGCCUCCUUCGCCUACGAAGACUCCAGCGAAGACAGCGGCUGGCCUCCCGCAUUUCUGGAUGAUUUCGAGUCUCGGAUCUGGAUGACAUAUCGCACCGGGUUCGAGAUGAUCCCCAGCUCCACCGAUGCCAAAGCGACUUCGUCCCUGUCUUUCACCAUGCGGCUCAAGACGUCCUUCGGAGAACAGACGGGCUUCUCGUCCGAUACGGGGUGGGGCUGUAUGAUCAGAUCGGGCCAAAGCCUACUAGCAAACGCGCUCCUAGUAUCACGUCUGGGACGCGACUGGAGACGAGCUACAGACCCCGAUGCCGAGCGUGAGAUACUGUCCUUGUUCGCCGAUGACCCCCGCGCUCCUUACUCGUUGCAUAACUUCGUCAAACAUGGAGCAACCGCAUGUGGGAAGUAUCCGGGGGAGUGGUUUGGACCGUCGGCUACGGCACGAUGCAUCCAGGCCCUAGCGAGUAAAAACGAGAAUUCUUUGCGCGUCUAUUCGACAGGGGACCUUCCGGAUGUCUACGAGGAUAGCUUCAUGGCCAUAGCUAAGCCGGAUGGAGACCACUUCCAUCCGACUCUAAUUCUGGUAUGCACGAGGCUAGGAAUUGACAAGAUCAACCAAGUUUAUGAGGAGGCUUUGAUUUCCACUCUGCAGAUGGAGCAGUCCAUCGGUAUUGCGGGAGGCCGACCGGCGUCAUCCCAUUACUUUGUUGGUGUCCAGGGACAGUGGCUCUUCUACCUUGACCCUCACCACCCCAGACCGGCACUUCCCUACCGUGAAGCCCCCCAGGACUAUACGAAGGAGGAGUUGGAUACCUGCCAUACUCGGCGGCUGCGACACCUCCACGUGGAGGACAUGGACCCCAGCAUGUUGAUCGGUUUCCUGAUCAAAGAUGAGGAUGACUGGGACAUGUGGAAGAGUGCUGUCAAACACGUGCAGGGCAAGUCCAUCAUUACUGUCUCGCCUCACGAUCCGGAGCGAGGUAUGCCUCCUGGGCGGGCCGAGGCCAUCGACGAAGUAGAGACGUUGAGUGACGAGGACGCCGACACGGUGCUUGAGGCGUAG